UGAUCGAAUGUUCGAUUUCUCACCAAUUUGAUUACAGUCAUGGUGUACAAAGCAACUGCUUUGCGAGGGUUGGCCAACGCGCAGAUGGUAUUUGGGGCUUUGAUGUUCGUCUUUGGAAUAGCAAGUAUUUUCUUCACUACAGACUGGACUACGUACGUCGGUUUUGGCAUCUGGGUUGGCGUCUGGGUUUUUAUCACUGGAAUUUUGGGAUAUGUCGGAGCAAGAGAUGAUUUCUACCCAGACAAGUGUUUGAUUGGAUGUUUUAUGGGUUUCUCCAUUAUGGGGUGUAUCCUCUCAGGACAAAUGGCCAUCUGCUAUAGCAUUACUCUUUUAGUCUACGCUGAAGUGAGGACACACUGUAACAACUACAACGAUUACGGUUAUUAUACCAACGAGGACUAUGAUUGCUAUGGGAGGUAUGGCCUUCGUAGAGCUACUGCGGAAAACUUGGCUGGUUUUGGCUCUUGUCUCCUUAUUUUGUCCUUCGUUGAGUUGGUCUUGGCCCUUGCGUCAUCCAUCUAUUGUUGCAAGGCAGUGUGUUGUAACUCAGUAGCAGUUGGGAACACAACAAGGACCAGCCAGCAAGAGGUGUAUGUACAGCCUCGGUACAUGAACCCAAGGACACAGCCUGGUGGGGUUUUAAUGCAGACUGAAGAUGGUGUGGUGCCACAGGGAUACCCAGCAACAGGCCAGCAACCUGCGUACGUCCUCCUGCAGCUUGGAGUGGUUGCACAGCCUGAAGUGAUUGUACAGCCUGGAGUUGUUGCACAGCCUCGAGUGGUUUCCCGGCCAAGGCUGGAGUUUAAGCGACCCAAUUACCGGUUAUCUAUUUUGACUAUUAAGACAAUGACCAACCAGCAAGUAAUGUAUGUACAGCCUCAAUACAUGUACCCAGGGGCGCAGCCUGGUGUGGUUUUUAUGCAGACAAGUGCUGGAUUGGUACCACAGUAUGUCCCUCAGCAGCCUGGGGUGGGUGCACAGACUGGAGUGGUUACACAGCCAGGGGUAGGUGUAGGUGCACAGCCUGGAGUGGUUAUACAGCCUGGGGUGGUUGCACAGCCUGGAGUGGUUGCACAGUCUGGGGCAGCCUUUCAGCAACCCACUUACUGGGCUGUUCCCUCAGGCUCCAACCCACCUGGAGUAGUGACUGUGCCCUAUUCAGCUGCUACCCCCCAAGGGGAAAAUCAAGCUCAAGUCCAGAUACCUACGGCUCCAAAGGAUGAAGACAUGCCACCACCCUAUUCAUUAGCACAGACAGUUAACUUACCACCACCAGCUUUCUCUUCUGCAGCUACCAAUCCAAAUAAUUAGUGCCUGAUGUCAUUUCAUGGACGAGCGGCCACAUGUACAUCUGGAGACCUUUGUAAUAAUUGUAAUUCAAUUGGGGAAUACCUUAGAAAGUUUGUGUUUGUGAGUUCAUUUAGGACAGUCGAACCUGUAUUAAGCAGCAGCGUAUCAAGCAGUCACCCUUAAUUAAGCAGGCAGUUUUUAAAGUGCUAGGAUUUCCCCCUGAAACAGUUUGAGAUUAGAUAGCUCAAUCCAAGAUUGAGAUUCAGUCAGAGUUUACUAAGAGUCAAGUUAAUCUCGCUUAUUGUUCUAUAAAGUAUUUAUUGUAGCUUAGAUUUUACACAUUUUUCAAACAGGCUCUAAUUUUACUUUUUCGAAAAGAACAUUUACACAAUUAUCAAAGCGAGUAUAAU